AUGAGCGACGAAAAGCGCAUAAAGUACACUGUGCUCUCGGACGGCCAGCAGCAGCAAGUGGCAGAUGAGCCCCAGGGUGACAUUGAAACCGGGUAUUCGUACGCGCAGCCCCAGAAGGGUGGAUGGCGGCGUGUUUUGAAGCGGGUGCUGAUAGUCGCCGGUGUCUUCAUGGUGGUUCAGGCGGUGUUCCAUGCGGUGCAUGUGCGCAGUGGAUGUGCGCUGAACAAGGAAGGUAGUAGGCCGGGUCCGGGCCUUCAUGGCAACUGGCACCAUCCUCCUCACGGGCAUGAGUGGCCGCACCCCCCUCCCCCUCCUCACGGCGACAAACGUCCCCACGGUGAUAAGCGUCCUCACGAUGACAAACGUCCCCAUGGUGAUAAGCGUCCUCACGGUGACAAGCCCCAAAAUAUUGGUGCAGCCAAAUGGAGAGGCGCGUUCAGCCGCAUCAACCCGGUGGCGGUCAGCCAGCUGGCCAACGGCGACCUGGCGGCAACCGGCAUUAGUGGGUUUUUCCACAAAUCCGCCAGCGACAUCUGCAUCCCGACCAUCCCAAUCCCUGCCCUUGAGACCAUCACGUUCAAUGCGACCGAGGUCGGGCGCAUCUCGCACGCCGUCGUGGGAGUCAUUGGCGCUGACAUCCACAUCACCAGCACUGACGACAGAGAGGCCUCGUACGAGGCCCAGGUUGUCGUCUCGGACCCAAAGAUUGCCGAGGACAUCAAGGUGACGCAGACCACCAAGGACGGCCGCAUUGUCAUCCAGGUGCAGGGCCCCAAGUGGCUAAAGAGGGGCGAGUGCGCCUACGCCUCCAUCACCGUGCGCAUCCCGCACGAGGUUACAUCUCUGGACGAGCUGAGCAACUCUUUUGUCUACGGCAACCUCAAGCUGGACCGCGGCCUCGCGCGCAGCAUGCAGUUCGGCACCUUCGGCAUCAACGCGGCCAUCAGCAGCAUUGCUAUUCCGCCGGUGCGCGCGCAGACAGUGUCGGUGAACACCGUAUCUGGCGGAAUCCACGGGUAUUUCGUCGCGACCAGCGUGGCCCUGCACUCGAUCAGUGGGGAUAUUGAUGCGGCGGUGAAUGUGCGGAGAGCCGAGGCUUCAAGCAUUGUUGCCGAGUCGGUCUCUGGGUCUGUAGGCCUGAGGGUUAUUGGCGGGUUUGACGGCACAUUUAGCGCGCGCGCUGUGAGUGGCUCGGUUGAGGUCGAGGAUGUCAGCGAUGGAGAAAGCCGCCUGCAUUUUGACAAGAACCUUAGCGGCCUGAAGACCGGCACCUACGGGCCUGCCGACAGCACGCAGGCCGGCGAUUCCAACCUCAGGGCCGCCGUCGUCAAUGGCAACGUGUCCGUCGAGUUUGACUGA